CUUUUGUGAAUCGUGCAUAUGAAUUGUAGGCUUCGGGAGUUUUAAUUGUUUAUGAGUAAACGUAGUGCAAAGUUCAGUGAAUAAAUAAUAAUCAUAUGCGAUAAUAAAUAAAAAAUAUAUAUUGUAGCUCCAAGUAUAAACCGAUAAUCUACAAUUAGUGCGAUUAACGCAAGCAUUUAAUAUGUCAUUGGUGCGCUCGUUCUUGAUUAGGGGUACAAACUCACACAAAUACUAACUAAAAUAUUAUUAUUUUCAGUAGCGCAGCUACCAACAAAAUAUUUUGUAUUGAAUGAAUAACUGCGGUGCUUCGCCACUGGAGCUAGUCAGUAUUGUAGCGGCAAGCAACGUUAAAGGUUCGGUUUAUUGGUAGUAAGCUUAAAAACAGCGCUAUAAAUUGAGUGCUUGUGGAAAAAUAGUGGCAGAAAAAAAACGAAAACGAAAGAAAAAUGCCGUCCAAUGCAGUUAACCCAGAUUUGCAACGUGAACGUGAAAAAGCGUCUUUUAACACGCAAGAAUUCACCUAUUGGUGGCUAGGUGGCAAGGAGAAGUAUGAGGCAAAAAAGAAACUAGAAAAACUGUUUCUGGACGACCCUGAAUUGAAGGAUGAGCUCCCCAUCUCGUACAUGUCACCCAAGGAACUGUACGAGCACAGCGUACGCAAAGCCGUAAUUAUUGCGAAAAAGUUGCGCGAAUUACGUGCUGAUGGGGAAGACGACGUGGAUACUUAUACCGCACUGUUUGGUGGCGCACUUGGCUCGGCGCUGAUUAAGGAGGGCAAUCCGAUGAUGCUGCACUUUGUCAUGUUCGUACCAACGAUAUUGGGUCAAGGUACGGUGGAACAGCAAAUUGAAUGGCUGACUAAAGCCUGGAAUUGCAAUAUACUCGGUACAUAUGCACAGACUGAGUUGGGUCACGGCACGUUUUUGCGCGGUUUGGAGACGCGUGCCGAAUACGAUGCCACUACACAAGAGUUCGUUUUGAAUACGCCCACAAUUAGCGCCUACAAAUGGUGGCCGGGUGGUAUGGGACACACUGCCAACCAUGCCAUAGUCGUGGCGCAACUCUACACCAAAGGCGUGUUUCGUGGCCUGGCGCCGUUCAUUGUGCAACUGCGUGAUUUGGAAACACAUAUGCCUAUGCUGGGCAUAGAUGUUGGUGAUAUCGGACCUAAAAUCGGCAUGAAGUCGGUCAAUAACGGCUAUUUGGGUUUAAAAAAUGUGCGUGUGCCUUUGAACAAUAUGCUGAUGAAGAAUCAACAAGUUUUACCUGAUGGUACCUAUGUAGCGCCGAAGAAUAGCGUACUCACCUACGGCACUAUGAUGUUUGUACGCGUGGCGCUCAUACGCGAUCUGUCGCAAACAUUGGCGAAGGCUUCAACGAUUGCCAUGCGUUACUCGGCGGUGCGGCGCCAAAGUCCCAUAGACCCCAACAAACCCGAGCCACAAAUUAUCGAGCAUACAACGCAGCAAUUGAAAGUCUUUCCGCAAAUCGCAAAGGCCAUCAUCUUCAAAAUAACAGGCGAGCACAUAUGGAACAUGUUUAACAAUGUCUCUGGCGAGUUGGAGCAAGGCAACAUGGAUCGCUUGCCGGAAAUGCAUGCGCUGUCCUGUUGCCUGAAAGCCAUUACAAGCGCAGACUCCGCGGCGGCGGUGGAAGUGUGUCGCCUAUCUUGCGGUGGACAUGGCUAUAUGGAUUGCUCUAAUUUUCCCACAAUAUACGGCAUGACCACAGCUGUUUGCACAUAUGAGGGUGAGAAUACCGUUAUGUUGCUGCAGACCGCGCGCUAUCUGGUCAAAGUGUACGCGCAGGCUCUGAGUGGCGAACCGUUAGUGCCGACGGUGCAAUAUAUUAGUGAUUACAUAAAGAAUAGAGAAUUCGGCGCGUUCGAUUGUACGCUAGAGCAGAUCGUACAUGCUUUCCAAUUCGUGGCUGCGAACAAGGUGCGCAUUGCCUACGAACGCAUGGAGAAGCACCGCCGGCAAGGCCAGGAACCCGAAACGGCGGCCAAUUUGGUGGGCAUUGAGCUGACACAAGCAGCUGAUCUACACGGACGCGCUUUUCUUGCACAAACCGCGUACAGCGAGCUGAAUCAGCUCAUACGUGAAGUUUCACCCGCGUUGGCUGCCGUAUUCCAAACGAUUUUAGAAUUAUAUUUGUUGGACGCCUGUUUGGGACGCAUGGGCGACUUGUUGCGCUUCAUUAGCCUAACCGAUGGCGAUGUCAGCAAAUUGGAGCUGCGUCUGGCCGAAUGCCUUAAGCGUUUGCGUCCCAAUGCUGUCGCGCUUGUCGAUAGCUUCGAUGUGCACGAUCGUGUUUUGGACUCAGCUUUGGGCGCAGCCGAUGGCCGCGUUUACGAACGUAUCUUUGAGUCGGUCAAAAAGAAUCCCAUGAACAAGGAACCAGUGAAUAAAACAUUCCAUCAGUAUUUGAAGCCUUUCAUGAAGGCGAAUUUGUAGUUGUGUGGUUGUUGUAUGACGUAUGCGCAUGCGCGUAUACACGUUUAUGCGUGCUUUUGUUAAAUCUUGUAUUGUAAAUAUUUUAUUCAUACGAAAUGGAACGCAAAUAAAACUUUUAGCUUAAGUGAGUUGAAAAUCUGCGCGGAACAUGGUGUUGGACACAACAAAAAUCGCAGGGAGUACGCAAUUUGGCGCUGGUAAUUCUUACAUUUUAAGUUUUGCUAAAGAAA